UACCGAUCUUAUCAGGACGGAUUACUUAUCAAUUUCGGAAACAAACACCAUGUUAUAAUCAGGCCACCGAAGCUCUCUCACAGUUUCCCUUAUGCAGUUUCAUAAUGAUGGUGAGGCACCAAUUGAUGCUAGUUGUAGUUCUCUUCGUACUCCUCCAUGGACAGGUGUUGGCCAUCAUCCUAUCUACUGACACCUUUUCGCAUCACUUACCGCCGGCGUCGACAUCACCGUUAUCAACAUCACCAUUAUCAGUGUCAUCUUCAUCAUCUUCAUCAUCUUCAUCAUCGUCAACAUCGUCCUCAUCAUCAUCGUCGCCGUUGGUGUCAUCAUCAUCAUCAUCAACAUCAUCAUCGUCGUCGUCCUCAUCCUCAUCAUCUGUAAAAGUGACAACAAACAAAAGAGACAAUUUUCCACAGACCCAUGAUGAUUUGUUUAAAGCUUUUGAAGCGAAUUUGCUUCAGAUAUUUGGACUUAAGAAUCGACCCAAACUGAAUGAGAAAACAUUUGUUCCCCAAUACAUGUGGGAUUUAUAUGAUAGCCAUAAACAGAAGAGGGAUCCUUCAGCCCCCACCAGUGGACGAGGUUAUUUACCAGCCAACACUGUUCGCAGUUUCUACCACAUCGACCCUCACUUCAUGGACUGCACAGAAGAAAAUGCCAGUACCAUUAUGUUCAAUAUUUCUAAUAUGAUGGAAGAAGAGAUUUUAACAGCAGCUGAUUUAAGGAUCUUCUGGGAUCCUAAAUUUUAUGAAUAUAACUACAGAAGAGAUGCUAGCUUAAGUGAUAUUUCUAUUGAUAAUUCAUAUGAUAGUAAUUAUAACAUUACUAAAGACAAUAAUAAUAAAAAUAUGUUUAAAAAACUGAAAUAUUUUCCUAUUCGUAUAGAGGUCCACGAAGUUAUAAGUCCACCCCGAUGGGGAAGUUCCAAUGAGUGCAUUACACGGCUUAUUGACACUAAGGUUAUUCACAGCAACAGUAAUACAUCAACAUGGAUUGUUUUUGAUGUACACCCAGCUGUUCUGAAAUGGAAACAAACGCCACACUUAAACCAUGGCUUGCACAUUCGACUAUCUACAGCAACAAAAAACCCAGUUUCUGUUCAACCACAUCAACAUAUACGAUUAAAGAGAGCAGCGGACAUUGAACAAAAUGAAUGGCAAAAUUCUCGCCCUUUACUUAUCACUUACACUGACGAUGGCAAAGGUGUACCCCUCAAACGUUCUCGAAGAAGUGCAAGACACAGAAGGGAACGAGGAAAAAAAAAACGGCGGCGUUCCAAAAAAGUUCAGCGACACCGAAAAGCGGGCGCGGAAUGUCGUAGACACCCAAUGUAUGUUUCAUUUAAUGAAGUAGGAUGGACAGAAUGGAUUGUGGCCCCCGUGGGUUACCAAGCCUUUUAUUGUGAUGGCAAAUGUCCGUUCCCAAUUUCAGACUAUUUGAACUCAACAAAUCAUGCUAUUGUUCAGACCCUUGUGAAUUCUGUGAUGCCCGACAGAAUACCUGAGGUAUGUUGUGUACCUACAGAACUUAGCUCGAUUUCAAUGCUUUAUCUCGAUGAGCAAAACAAAGUAGUCCUUAAAAAUUAUCAAGGAAUGGUUGUAAAAGCAUGUGGAUGCCGAUGACAAAAACUUUUUCUAAACAGUCCUCAGUCAUCAAACAUGUUGUCCUCAUUGACACACUAUUA